AUGGGUUCUGGGAAAGCCUUCCUCUUUUCCCCUUCCCUCCUGUGGAGCCAAACUAGAGGAGUGAGGUUGAUAUUCUUGUUACUAACCCUGCAUCUGGGAAACUGCGUUGAUAAAACAGAUGAUGAAGAUGACGAAGAUUUAACUAUGAACAAAACAUGGGUCUUGGCACCAAAGAUUCAUGAAGGAGAUAUCACACAAAUUCUCAACUCUUUGCUUCAAGGUUAUGAUAACAAACUUCGUCCAGAUAUAGGCGUGAGACCCACAGUAAUAGAAACUGAUGUUUAUGUAAACAGCAUUGGACCUGUUGAUCCCAUAAACAUGGAGUACACAAUAGACAUAAUUUUUGCCCAAACCUGGUUUGACAGCCGUUUAAAGUUCAAUAGCACCAUGAAAGUGCUUAUGCUUAACAGCAAUAUGGUGGGAAAAAUUUGGAUUCCUGAUACUUUCUUCAGGAACUCAAGAAAGUCUGAUGCACAUUGGAUAACAACGCCUAAUCGCCUGCUGCGGAUUUGGAGUGAUGGAAGGGUCCUCUACACUCUACGAUUAACGAUUAACGCAGAAUGCUAUCUUCAACUUCAUAAUUUUCCUAUGGAUGAGCAUUCCUGUCCACUGGAAUUUUCAAGCUAUGGAUACCCUAAAAAUGAAAUUGAGUACAAGUGGAAAAAGCCCUCUGUGGAAGUAGCUGAUCCCAAGUACUGGAGAUUAUAUCAGUUUGCCUUUGUAGGGUUACGAAAUUCUACUGAAAUCUCUCACACAAUCUCUGGUGAUUAUAUUAUCAUGACUAUUUUUUUUGACCUGAGCAGACGGAUGGGCUAUUUCACGAUUCAGACGUACAUUCCGUGUAUUCUAACAGUUGUUCUUUCCUGGGUGUCUUUUUGGAUCAAUAAAGAUGCAGUACCUGCUAGAACAUCCCUGGGUAUCACUACAGUUUUGACUAUGACAACCCUCAGUACAAUUGCUAGAAAAUCAUUACCUAAGGUUUCUUACGUGACAGCAAUGGAUCUCUUUGUCUCUGUGUGUUUCAUUUUUGUGUUCGCAGCACUCAUGGAGUAUGGAACAUUGCAUUAUUUUACUAGUAACAAUAAGGGAAAAACCACCAGAGACAGGAAGCUGAAAAACAAGACUUCGGUAUCCCCAGGUCUCCAUGCUGGAUCUACUCUGAUUCCCAUGAACAGCAUUUCUUUGCCUCAAGGGGAAGAUGAUUAUGGUUACCAGUGUUUGGAAGGCAAAGACUGUGCUAGCUUUUUCUGUUGCUUCGAAGACUGCAGAACUGGGUCCUGGAGAGAAGGAAGAAUACACAUACGCAUUGCCAAAAUUGAUUCCUACUCCAGAAUCUUUUUCCCAACAGCUUUUGCCUUGUUCAAUCUGGUUUACUGGGUUGGAUACCUAUACUUAUAA